AUGCUUGAAGACAUGGGCGUCGGCGAGACAGUCGUUAUAGUUGAUGAGCUUGAACUGCCCGUAGAAGUCGAGGAUGUGCUUGCGACGCUUGCGGUCGCGAAAGUGUUGGAAGAAUCGACGGAGCUUGAACUAGACAAUUCAGUUGUGCUUGUUGUUGAUGACGACGAUGGAGUCAAUGAUGUCGACAACAAAGAUGCGGGAUCGACACUCAGGCUCGACAGUUGGCUGGAGCCAAUACUUGAGGUCGACGAAGACAUUACUGUCGAUUCAGACGAGGACAGUAACAUUGAACCUGAUGAAAGGAGCUCUGAGCUAGAUAAGGCCCUCGUUGAGGACACAUUCGUGGUCGGGAGUAAGGUAUCAUCUUCCGCUGUGUUAGCUGUACUUGACGAUAUGAUACUGGAGAUGCUGGAAGAUGGUCCUGAGGGGCUACUUGAGCUGAUACUUGAAGUGGAGGACGACGGGGGUAAGUCUAAACUAGAAGGCGAGCUCGUCAAAGCGGCACUCGUGCUUGACAGCAAGGUAUUCGGCUCGACAGUAUCAGUCGUACUUGUAGAAGUGGUGCUGGUGCCAGUAAACGAUGUACUUAGGGAUGGCUCGAAGGUCGAAGAGCUUGAGAAUAUUGAGCUCGACAACCCCGGCGAGAGUUGCACCGCCGCUCAGAGUAUUGGUCCCACUGUAUGGGCGAGUGACAAUGAGGUCGAAGGAACGACUUCUGGCGCAGUCGGAGAGGUCGACGACGACGACAAAGAUAUUGACGAAGAGGUGCUUGUAGUGCUCGCUGACGAUGACUGUGACAGAGAAGUUGGGGAUUCUGCAGUGGUUGUCGCACUGGAUGACGUAGUGGUGAAAAAUGCAGAAUAUGGGAGUAAAUUGGUGCUUGAAAGUGUGAUUGUGAUCCCGGUGGUUGAGCUGACGGAGGAUGUCCAUAAGCUCGAGGAAGAUGAUUCCGAACUUGAAACCAAACUCGCUGGAUCAACUGAUGGGGGGCUCGAAGAUAGAGACAGCCCGGUCGAGGUUGAUGAUGAGGAAAGUGAUAAGCUAGACAAGGCCUCGAUUGAGCUUUCGAAACUGGGUUCGGGUGAAGAGCUUCGACCCGAAAUUGACGAGGAAAGGGAAGACGUCAAACCAGUAGUCGGUGAUUCAGUGGACGUCGAGACAAGACUAGCGGGUCCAAUCGUUGGAGAUAAGUAUGGAGACGUAAACGUGGUAACGGACGAGGAUGUAGAUGUUACGGAUGCGGCUUCAUUUGAGCUUGAUUGGCUAAUAGUAGACGUAGCCGUAGAACUUGAAGACGACAGCAAGACACUCUCAGAGGUGCUUAAUGCACUUUCAGUCAAAGUGCUCUGCGAAGUUGGCAGUAGGCUAUCCGGGUUGAUUGUAAGUAUGGACGAAGCGGCUAUAGUGCUGGAAACAUCUGAAGAGGAGGAGGCAACAUUUGAUGUUGAGCUGACGGAAGUCGCAGUAAUGGUACUGGAACUGGUGGGAGAACCAGAAGAAGUGUCCAAAACGUCCAAAGGUGUAGAUGAAUUUACUUCCGCAGACGACUGUGGAAUUAACGAGGACGAUUCAAGUAUAUCCGUGGAACUCGAGCCUUGCUCUGUAGAUGGGCUUGAUGAUGUAGACAGCAGACUGUUCGGAUCAACCGUCACACUCGAAGACGAAGAGUCAGUCAAAGAGCUCUCAGACGUAGUGGCUGUGAUUUCCAGCGUUAGACUGAUUGAAGUUGACUGCGGCAAGGUCGAUGUUGGGGUUGGUGUCAAUGAAUCUGCUCCGUUGGAGGUCGAGGAACUGAUAUCCUCUCUUGUUGGGAGGGUAGUUGAGGAAGCUAGCGUAUUAAGAUUGACGGUAACACUUGAAUUCGAAGUGAUGAAAUCAGAGCUCUCACUACUCAGGGUACUUGAAGAGUCCGCAGCUGACGAGGACGCGGUGCUGGUGAUGGACGAUAACGGAUCAGACGUAGCAGUUGAGCUUGAUGCAGAUGAAACCCCUGAUGAGCUGGUCAAUUCCAAUGUUGAGGAACUUGUCUCUGUGGCCGUAAUUGCAGAUACGAUAGACGUAGACAUUCCACUAGAGGAAGGAUUGGCUGAGCGUGAAAUUAGGGUGUCAGGCUCAAGCGUCGUUGCUGUACUUGAGAUUAAUGACGAAACUGCCGCCGAGGAGCUGGUCAAGGUUUCAUUUGCCGAAUCGCUUGUCGAUAUGAUAGUGGUAGCUGGGCUAGGAGUAGACGUAGCCGAUGGCGAUUGUGAAUUACUGCUCGUUGUAGACUCUGAGUCCAAUGAGGACGUUGGACUGAGAAGAGCAGAGUCGCUUUCUGAGAUAACCGAUGUGCUGCUUUCCACGCCAGGUAAAGUACUGCUAGAUGUACUGGUAGGCGACAAGGUAUCGAGACCAAUAGUUUCCAAGGAGCUUGAAGACAACAGAGAUGAUGGAGGGAUUGAUGUUGGGGUGAAUUCAGUGACCAAAGUGCUUGACUCUUCGCCCGAUGAUGCACUGGCAGAUGAUGUCUCUUGA